AUGGCUCUUCGAAGAAUUGGUGGAGUUGUGAGACUACUUUCGAAUGUUUGUGCUCAACAAAGACGCCUUCUUUACCAGGACGUUGGAGUAAUAGGCUUCCCGUUUAGUAAGGGUCAGCCUCAACCUGGAGUAAGAAGUGGACCAGCAGCAAUAAGAAAUGCAGGACUAAUAGAGAAAAUACACAAUCUAGAAAGGGAUGUGAAAGACUAUGGUGAUCUUGAUUUUGAAUAUAUAGCUGAUGAUCCACCUUAUGGAUUGAUAAAAAAUCCUAGAAAUGUUGGAGCUGCUAAUAAAAAGAUAUCUGCAGCAGUAUCUAAUGUUAUUAAUGAUAACAGACUAUGCAUUAGUCUUGGUGGAGAUCAUGCGAUGUCAAUAGGAACUUUACAUGGACACGCUACUGCACGACCUGAUAUGUGUGUACUGUGGAUUGAUGCACAUGUUGACAUAAACACACCAUUGACAUCAAUGACUGGUAAUAUCCAUGGUACUCCAGUGUCCUUUGUCGUUCAUGAACUUAAAGAUUAUGUACCUGUAUUGCCUGGAUUUGAGUGGAUGAACACAUGUAUACAUGCUAAAGAUAUUGCAUUUAUUGGAGUUCGAGAUAUAGAUCCUGGGGAAAGAUAUAUAAUGGAAAAAUUUGGGUUGGUCUGCUAUUCUAUUCAUGAUAUUGAUCAUCUUGGCUUAGUGGAAGUAUUGAAAAGAGCCAUGGAUAACGUUAAUCCAAACCGAGACAGACCAAUUCACAUCAGUUUUGAUAUUGAUGCAUUGGAUCCAUUACUCGCCCAGAGUACAGGAACACCAGUUUAUGGAGGAUUGACUUUCAGGGAAGGAAUGUAUAUAGUAGAAGAAGUAGGAAGUACAGGUAUGGUGACUGGUAUUGAUAUGGUAGAAGUUAAUCCUGAGUUGGGCACAAAAUUUGAGCAGAAUGUUACUGUGAACACUGCAGUAGAUGUUUUAACAGCUGCUUUGGGAAAACGAAGACAUGGCAAUAUACCUACUGGAUAUGUCUUGCCAAAAGCCAAAAACUGAAUGAGUACUGUAUCCAUCCAUGUCCACACUUGCCUCAUACAUUUCAAGUAGAUUUGAGAGAAAUUUAUAGAAAAUAAAAUGUAUAACAAUAUUGGACUUGCAAAUAGCCAUAAAAUUUUAGCCAACAUAUAAAAUUC